GGUAAAGCAGGUGGAAUAGGCCGGUCAAGGUGUAAUGUUGAAUAAGGGGGUAUGCUUGUUUUCUUUCUCUUAUCAGGAAGCUUGAAAAGAAGAGGCUGUUAAGAUGCCUGAAACUGGCGGCGCAUCGGGUGCACCCAAGAAGGGUCUGACACUCGACGACCUCAUCGCGACCAUCGCCCGGCAUGAAAGGAAUCCGAGCAAUAUCCCAAAGGUCGAUACUUUCGAUUUUUGUGGGGAAAGAGUCUCUGAAUGGCUGGAGCGGGUGGAACAAGCUUUGGUUGGGGGGUCGGACAUUGUAAAGUUUCAACACAUACUUCAGUAUGUCCUCCACAGCUACCACCAAGAGGUGAAGAAAGUCAUAGAUGCAGCCCAAGGCAGCUGGGAGAGGUUUAAGGAGGGGAUGCAGAGAAAGUACCGCCUGGGAGACGGGUUGUUGACUACCGCGGACCUUGAGGCGAUGAAGAAAGAGGAUUUUACGACGAUAGGGGGUUUUGUCCAAAAAUUUAAGAAAAGGGCGUGGAAGGUCCAUGGGAUUUCGAAGGAAGCACAGUGCGCCAUCUUCCUGGGGCUACUCACAGCGUCGGAGGCCGUCGAGUUGACGAGACAUGGAGGAGGUAGCACCAAGCUCACCUGGGCCACCAUUGACAGAGGGGUGGAAGUUGGGUGUUUGGACCAGGUGGAGCAACGUCAGGUACGCCUGCAAAGACAGAAGAGAAAGGAAAGAGAUGCGACUACUUCUGGGACCCCGGGGGUAACAAGGAUUGUUACAGACGUAUUGGCACAGGUAGGGUAUGCGACAGAGCCGGUGGUGCAAAGGAGGGUGGUGACGGCCGUCAAAGUGAAAGGAAAAGAGUCGGUGAUAGAGGAGGUUGUUCAGGAGGAGCUCUGGGAAGAGGAAGAGCUGGUGCCGCAGCACCUGACGAAGGUCCAGCACAAAGUGCGUAAUUUGGCGCAGGGCGGACAGGGAUCAGGAAAAACGCAGGCGCCUCAGGCCCAAGCAGCAGCCCCUUUAAAUGUGGUGGCUCCAUCAUCUAGUACGGGCCCCUCGCAAGGUGGGGCGCCCUCCUACGGACAGUGGCCCUGGCCGGUGAUCAAUGCAAUUGUGCCAUGGGGAAGCCCGCCGCCAGUAGCCAAACCGCAAACGAGUAUGUCACCACCCAUCUACCCCACAGCCCAGACCCAGCCUCUGGCCCAUCACCUGCUCCCAGUUCAUAGGGCAGUGUUGCAGGAGGUGGGAACCAGGGGCAGGGCAAUCAAGGCAACGGAGGGAGGGGUGGAGGAAGGGGGCGAGGCAGGAAUGGUGGCGGAAGAGGAAGGCAAUGGAAUGGUCAAGGCUAGGGGUACGAAGGCCAAGGGAGUCAAGGCCAGGGGUACCAAGGCCAAGGGAGUCAAGGCCAGGGGUACCAAGGCCAAGGGUGUCAAGGCCAGGGGUACCAAGGCCAAGGGAGUCAAGGCCAGGGGUACCAAGGCCAAGGGUGUCAAGGCCAGGGGUACGAAGGCCAAGGGAGUCAAGGCCAGGGGUACCAAGGCCAAGGGAGUCAAGGCCAGGGGUACCAAGGCCAGGGGUACCAAGACCAAGGGAAUCAAGGCCAGGGGUAUCAAGGCCAGGGGUAUCAAGGCCAGGGGGAUCAGGGAAGUCAGGGACGAGAGAAGCGGACUGAUUUCCUCCACUAUGGAUGGGAAUAUCUACGAUCAGUUUGGGGAGGCCAUUGACAAAAGGCUUGGAGGAGUGAGGGUUGAAGCCCAACGAAGAGUGGCAGCUGGGCCGCCACCCCCUGCCAUGUUCAGGCUAUGGCAGGAAAAGGAGGAACCACCGAUUGGGGUGGAGGAAGUGGGGAGCGAUGAGGAAGUGGCUCAAGGGCUACGAGGAGGAAGUAAGACGGAAGAACCCAUAAUCAUCGAGUCAGAUGGCGAGGAUGAGGAGGAAAGAAUGGAGCCUCCGUUCGUCUUAUUUGGAAAAAUGGAGGACCUGCUGGAUAAGAUGGGGAGGUACCAACAAAAGUUGGUGGGCCUCUGUGAGGAAGUGAAGGGAUGGAGGUCUAACAUACCCGAAGUGUUCCUCUAUGACUCCGGGUCGGAGUCAGCACCUAGGCGACCCGGAGUAAAUGUGGUGGGGUCGUGCCCACAAUCGGGAAUGAGGUGGAGACCCCUUACUCCGCAAGUCCGGCUGGCACAGGCAACGCGAACGAGGAAUCAAGCCAAGGCCAGUGCCAGCCAAGAGCCUCCAAGGAGGGAAACCGAACCAAGGAGAAGGAAAGAGGUUGUGAAAGUAGAGGACGACGAGGAUGAAGAGGAAGAGGACGAGAGGCUGCGCAGAGAAGAGGAUCAGAGAACGGAGCAGCAGGCGAGGAAAAAGGGAACCAGGGGAGAGGCCGAGCCAGUUUUACGUGACGGACCACCCAAAAAGAAAAAAUACGUGGUUCGGUUGGAAGAGGGAUUUGACGUAGAGAGAGUAAUUGACAGGCUGCUGGAAGGGCAUAAUGAUCUCAUGACCCUGAAGGAAAUCCUAGCAUCAGGCCCGCGACUCCGCGAUGAACUGAAGGGGAGAUUGUCGCGGCGCCUGGUGCCCAAUGUCCAUCUGGGUACGAUCCUGCCCAAGGAGGCUGAGUGGGUGGAGUCGGGUACGAAAAUGGACUGGAAGUGUGUAGCCUGCGGCACGGUGGAUUUGGUGGUGAAGGGUUCCAAGUGCGCGGCAAUGGUGGACACGGGGGCGGAGAUGAACAUUAUUCGGAAAGCGGACGCAAUCAGAUUCGGGCUGGAUAUAGACCGUUCUGACGGCGGUAUUCUGCACGGAGUUAGCUGCAAGGCCGUAUUUUGUGGGACAACCUCGAAAGUACUCAUCGAGGUUGAAAAGGUGAAGGCUCGGGCUUGUUUUUUCAUCAUGCCAGACGUGGAUCACGGAAUCCUCCUGGGGAGAUCAUUCCUAAGCAGGACGGAGACCGUGAUAUUUAAUAAGCAUGACGGGACGUUAAUCCUCCUCUUAUGCGAUCCUGCCUGUGGGAAUUACGAAAUAAUUACCUGCAGGAACACAUGGCCAAGGAGUAUAAGGAACCGGCCAAAUUCAGGAUCGUUCACAAUCGAAGAGUCGGAAGGUGAGCGCCGGAGGCUCCGGGCAGAACUCGAAACAGGAGAGAGGGUGGAAGCAUUUUCCCUCAGCUUGUUGGACGUCGGGAAGGCCAUCGACUUGGUGGCCGCGCAUAAGAUGGCAGAUCCGGAUGCCAUCCAGGCCUUGAGGGAGCAAGUUCUGGAAUGCCCCGAGGCAAGAAGGGGACGGUUCAAGCAGGGUUCCCAAAGGCGGUACAAGACCGUAGACAAGAAGUGUCGCCCGGUUCCCGUCCUCGUUACAGAGGACGAGGAAGCAUAUUACGAGAGGGAACGAGGGUUGAUACGGCGAAUGAGGGAGAGUGCUCUAGCAGGGCCAUGUCGUAUUAACGAAGGGAACGAGGGGGAGUUGAUUAUAGGAGAACCCGACUUCCUACUACCUCAAGAGCGAACAUUGAUGGUGGAAUUAAUGAAGAGGAAGCAUCGCGCCUAUGCGUUUAGCGACGAGGAGCGUGGCAGACUGGAUGUGGACAAGAUACCUAUGAUCCGCAUCCACACCAUGCCACACGAGCCUUGGAACAUAAGAGGGGCGCGAUAUCCUAACCCCGACGAGGAAAAGAAGGUGGUGGACUACCUCGACGGCAAGAUAAGUACACACGUCGCCGACUAUUCUAGUGGACCGUAUGCGUUCCCGUGGUUUUGCUUCAUUAAGCCUAACGGGACGCUGCGAUGGAUGCAAGAUCUGCAGAGGUUAAAUGCGGUGACCGUGCGAGAUGCUGGAGGACUGCCAAAUGCGGAUGCUUUGUCGGAAUCCUGUGCUGGAAGGCCUAUAAUUUCGCUUAUAGACCUUUACUCAGGAUACGAUCAGUUUCCGGUCUACCCGCCAGAUAAGCCAUGGAUGAUGGAGCUAGCGCUGGCCAGCUCGCAUAGCCUGGUGGAGGAUAUAAGAACGAUUGAGGAAGGACCUGGCCAGGUAGAACGGCAUGAGGACCUGAUGGGAGGAAUGUAUCUCCUCUUCAAUACGUUAUUGCAGGAAAGCCUAGACCAGUCAGACUCGUUGAACCCGGCAGGGAAUGUGGACGAAGUGCCCGAGAGCCAGGACGACGAGUUCGAGGAAGGGGAAGUUAAGGAGGCAUUUCGUGCAGAGGAGUACGACGGGAUCUACCUAGAGCUGGGACUUCUUCUGUCAUGUAAAAUGCGGCUUACGGAUGCAAGCGAUAGGGCUCAGAGGAUGCUGCAGCGCUACUUAGUGCGAGACGACCACCUUUUUGUGAGAAGAGAAGUGGGGAAUCCCAGGAGAGUCGUCUGUGGUAGGAAUCGUCAGAUUGACGUCGUAGCAGCGCUUCACGAUGACGUUCUAGGAGGGCAUCGAGGGGUACAAGCCACGUAUACCAAAAUAAGUGAGCUGUACUACUGGGAUGGGAUGAUGGACAUGGUCAGGAAGUUUUGCCGAUCUUGCAUACCUUGCCAGGAGAGAUCCCGUUUAAGGCAAGGAGAGCCGCUGCAUCCAAGGCUAGAGCGAGAGGUGGGGGCCGUCGUGCAUCUCGAUCUACUUUUUAUGCCACUUGGGGAUCAAGGCUAUAACUAUAUCUUCGAUGCGCGCGAUAACUUGUCUGGGUUCGUAGACGGGCGUGCUAUUUGCACAAAGACCGGUUUAGUCCUGGUGAGCUGCAUCGUAGAGUAUUAUCUGCGCUAUCCUUUCGUCAGGGAAUUCGUAAUGGACAGGGGAUCGGAGUUUACCUACCAGGAGGUGCAAGAAUUGUUAUCAAGGUAUGGUGUAGCAGCCAACUACACCACGGCCGAGCACCCCCAGGCAAAUGCUCCCGUGGAGAGAGGACAUAGUACCAUUACGAGUCUCCUGGUUAAGUGGACCGAAGCCAUGCCAAGAGGAGGGAAGGGGACACGGCCGGCUCAGAGGCCGUUGGGCGCAUCAGGAGGAUAUGAGCGGCAUGGGCCUCGCCAUCGAGAGAGUACUCCGGUCUACAAUGAUGGGGACAUCGAGCUAUUCCUGGACAGUUUCUGGGAUCAUGCGAGGCGUAUGGGCUGGACCGUGGCUCAGGCGAUUGAGAGAUUGAGGGGAGCAGGCAGGUUCGAGGAGCCCAUUGCCAGGAUUCGUAUGGAGGCGACGACGAGGCAGGAGAUGGAGAUGAGGAUGGAGGAGUUGCGACGCUCGCCUAUGGGGCCUGAUGGCAGGCUGAUCCGCCUGGAGAUUGGAAAUGCGUCGGACUUCAUCCCCACGUUUGAGUGGUUCAUGCAGGGGCGGGGUAUACCGAGAGAUGAUUGGAUGCAGACGCUACCACUCUGGACCAGGAAGGCGGAAAGGCCACUGGCUAGCCAAAUCAGAAGCAUGGUCUGGGACUGGGAGAGCUGCAAGGCACAUAUGAGAGAGACCUUCCGACGGCGAGAUCCCCUCAGCCCAGAGUUGAGAGGCGUCAGAGGAGUCAGAGGCAGAGGGACUCUGAGCCCAGGGAGGCGAGACCGGAAGAAGAUGAAGGAAGCAAGGUAUGGAGUACGCCUGGAGGCUAUGGAGAUGGAAAUUCAGGAACUGAGGGCAUUGGUGGCCAGCCAGACAGCUAUCAUCGAGAGUCUGAGGCAGCAAACUCAGGGAAGGGUGGACAGGCCAGAGAGCAGUAGGCAAGGAGAGCAGAGGCAGCCAGGACAGGGAUUGCCAGGACAACCAUCUGCAGCAGAGCCUCGCCAGGAGCCACCUAUGGGGAGGGUUAUCUUGGAGCCAGAGGAAGCGAGAGCCCAGAGACAGGCGGAGAGAGAGGCAUUCAAGUUCAGAGCCCCUACCGAGCUCGCGACACUGCCAGUAGCAGCGGCGGGCCGAGUCGUACCUUUGGCAGUAGAGGAGGGGCUGCCACCAUCUAGCAGUGAGACGGCACAGGGCUCAGCAGAGGGAUCCAUGGGCGUGCUCCUUGAGGCGGUGCAUACUAUGCAGGAGGAGGUGAGUUUGUUUUCACCCGAGCAGAGGAUAGAGGAGUCUCUUGAGAGAGAGAUGGGGAUUGAGGCGGAGGGUGCCAUCGAGGGCAGACUCCAGAGGAUGGGCACGCCUAAGUAUGGAGCAGACGAGAUUGAGAAGCCGUCCAUGGCAGCGCCAGGAGAGACACUUGAGAGGAGUCCUCAGAGGUUGGACACGCCUGAGUACGUCCCAGCGACAGGGGAUUUGAGGAGCAGACUGGGAUCUUGGGCUACUGGAUCCGGGUCUGGGGGACCGCUUCCUGGGACAGAGCAGCAGGAGGUCGUUAGUAUCACAGCUCCUCGAUCAGAGCAGCAGGGGGUUGUCAGUACCUUGGCAGGAUCACCUUCAUCACCACCUCUUCAGCCCAGGAAGAAGAAGUUCAAGAGGAAGGUUGAUCAACUAUGUUUCUACUGCAAGAGGAGCGUGCAUCAUGCUCUGGACUGUUUCGAGUUCCUUGAGGAUAAGGCAGCAGGGAAGGUCUCAGAGGCAGGGGGUAAGAUGUAUGAUAGACAGG